AUGUCUACAAUACCCUCCGAAUCCCUCUCGUCGUGCAAGGCUUUCAACGCUUGCUCCAUCAUCAACCAUCGCAUCUUGAAUCUGGACCAAGGUCGCUAUCGUCGACAGAUCGAGCACUUCGAGUACUACUGGGGUAUGCGGAAAGGCGAACUUGACCUGAGCUCGCCACUCAACCAUAUUCAGCUCCGGGAAGACAUGGUCGAGGCGCUUGGGAAUCUCGAAUGGGUCAUGAUGCCCACGAAGGAGACUCUGGACGCUAUAUACGAGUUGGCCGAAUACAACAAAACCGCAAAUAUUCACUCAAGAAGGCAUUUCCUGAAGGAUUUCCCCGAAGGAGAGUACGAAUACGACGUUAUCCCCCUGUACUACCUCAAACAUCGCAACACCCUCUAUGUCGACCGUGGCACCUCCAGCAAAGCCUAUCGCACCCCAUACAGAACUCUGCCGCGCAUCCGGUCUCGCGCACAUCCGUUCUUUGUCACCUUCUUCGCCGACGAUCAGCUUGACAUGUGUUGUGCCACCGUCAUGCCCGAGAAGAAAGCACGCACAUUGAAGUCCUCCAUCGGGCGUAUCAUUGGGUGCUGGAUGGCAGAGCCGCCGUCUGCCUUCCUCGAGGGAGAUCAGGCCACAUGGAAGGCGCACCGUCAUCCUCUCAGCGAUGACGGCCGCGAUGCGAGCCCUCCACUGCGCAACUCGCGGCGAGGGAAUGCUGCGCAGGGCGUUAAAACACGCAGCAUGACACGUGCGCCCUGUCGCCAGAAGAAAACGACCGCAGCGGCGCCCACACCAUACGCGAAAUUCGAUUCUCGACCAGCUCGCAUCCGAGGCUCAGCGCUCCCUCGUGCAGGCUUGGAGUCCGGCGAAGAGGAUGGGCAAAGUUCGGUCUUUGACCCGUCAAUCAUUCGCGAGUGGGUAGCCGGCAUCCUUUCCACGAGCGGCAGCGCUGUCACCUACGACGAUCCACGCAGUGACGAGAAGCUGGGUCAGUACCAGCGCGAGGCGGCCAGGGAUCCACAGGAUGCGCUCGACCCUGUCACCAACGUCACGUACUGCUCAGGGCUGAUCAUCGGCCGUGGCAAUGACUGGUCGCGCUUCUCAAGCAACAACUGGGCCAUGCGCGUCUGCGGGACCUAUCUGCCGAGCAGCGACCCGCCUUGCUAG